AUGAGUUUGGUUUGCGAAGUGACACCGCAGAGUGUAAUGUUGGGUAUGCUGAAGAUUAACAAUGAAUUUUUGGACAUCAUUAGAGAAGCUCAUAAGCUCGAUGUGAAGUUGGUAGAUUCGAUGGUUGGAAUCGAUCAAUCCGAUAAUGGUGAUUUCAAGUUGGAUGCGCAAAGUGUGAUAAGAGUCCACAAUCGAAUUUGUAUUCCCGAUGAUAUAGAUAUGAAAAGGACGAUUCUUGAGGAAAGUCACAAAAGUAAUCUGAGUAUUCACCUGGGCGCUACUAAAAUGUAUCAAGACUUGAAUAAUUUAUUUUGGUGGCCUAGAAUGAAAAGUGAUAUAACACAGUUUGUUUAUGCAUGUUUGACUUGUCAGAAAUCGAAAGUUGAACACCAGAAGCCUGCAGGAUUGAUGCAACUGUUAGAAGUUCUUGAAUAG